UCCCGGCCAACGCCAGGGGGCGGGCCUCGGAUCCGAAGGGUGGGCUUUGGAGGGCCGUGAGGAGCUGCUUCCUGGUCGCCUGGACUCCUCGGCUUCCGCCUUAGCUCAAACCCUGGCCGGGCCGGCCCCGUGGUCGCCAUGGAGUCCACGCUGGGCGCCGGCAUAGCGAUAGCCGAGGCGCUGCAGAACCAGCUGCCCUGGUUGGAGAACGUGUGGCUCUGGGUCACCUUUCUGGGCGACCCCAAGAGCCUCUUUCUGUUCUACUUCCCCGUGGCCUACUACGCCUCUCGCCGGGUGGGCAUCGCGGUGCUCUGGAUCAGCCUCAUCACCGAGUGGCUCAACCUCGUCUUCAAGUGGUUUCUGUUUGGAGACAGGCCCUUUUGGUGGGUCCAUGAGUCUGGGUACUACAGCCAGGCUCCAGCCCAGGUUCACCAGUUCCCCCCUUCUUGUGAAACUGGUCCAGGCAGCCCUUCCGGACACUGUAUGAUCACAGGAGCAGCCCUUUGGCCCAUAAUGACGGCCAUCUCUUCCCAAGUGGCCACUCGGACCCACAGCCGCUGGGUGAGGGUGAUACCUAGCUUGGCUUACUGCACCUUCCUGCUGGCGGUCGGCUUGUCCCGGGUCUUCCUCUUAGCACAUUUCCCUCACCAGGUGUUGGCUGGCCUAAUAACUGGUGCUGUCCUGGGCUGGCUGAUGACCCCCCGGGUGCCCACGGAGCGGGAGCUAAGCUUCUACGGGUUGACCUCACUGGCCCUCUUGCUGGGUGCCAGCCUCAUCUAUUGGACCCUCUUUACACUGGGCCUGGAUCUUUCUUGGUCCAUCAACCUAGCCUCUAAGUGGUGUGAACGGCCUGAGUGGGUGCACUUGGACAGCCGGCCCUUUGCCUCUCUGAGCCGUGACUCAGGGGCCGCCCUGGGUCUGGGCAUCGCCCUUCACUCCCCCUGCUAUGCCCAGGUGCGGCGGGCACACCUGGGACAUGGCCAGAAGCUAGCCUGCCUUGUGUUGGCCAUGGGGCUGCUGGGCCCCCUGGACUGGCUGGGCUACCCGCCUCAGAUCAGCCUUUUCUACAUCUUCAAUUUCCUCAAGCACACCCUCUGGCCAUGCCUGGUCCUGGCCCUCGUGCCCUGGCUGGUGCACACGUUCAGUGCCCAGGAAGCACCACCCAUCCGCUCUUCCUGACUCUAGGUGCCUCCUACUGCCACUUUCCCUCUCCCAAAGCCCACACACUCCGUGACCUCCACACUCCGGGGAGGCAGCCCCGUCCCCUUCCAGCCCCCAACAGGCCCUGCUCAUGGUGAAUUUUCUACUUCUCCCACCACCUGGUCUCAGCCCCAAAGAAGGGCCUUCUCUCUCCCAGGAAGGCUGGUCCUCCUCCUGCCUUCCCUCCCAUGUCCCCAAAGGGCAAAGGCAACAGCGAGACCAGUGGGUUCCUGUAACACUGUGAGGGGCUCAGAGCAGCCCCAAUAAAGCCCUUCCACACCUCUGGA